GGUCGACGUGGAGCAGGCAAAGGAGGUCGAGUAGGCUGCCGAGCCAGUGGAGACGCCAGUGUUGGCGUGGGAGCCACUGUAGUCAAGGCAGACGGAACUCCGGAGGCAGCGUGCAGUGCUGCACAGAUGUUCUGGAUUCUGAGUCAUGGGGAAGGCAAAAGAAUUGUCAAAGGAUCUGCGAGAAAAGGUUCCCACUCCUGUGGCUGAUAAGUCUCUUGGCAAUGCUAAAAUACUUCUCCGCAGUUGCUGACCUAAGAAACUGUGAAGAAGCAGGCAGCACGUGCCAUCAACAGGCCGAGUGUCUGAAAGUCCAAAGCAAUUUUACCUGUGUGUGCCGCAUGGGCUACCAGGGUAAUGGACUACUCUGCGAAGACAUUGAUGAAUGUCUCAGCGGCCUACACAGUUGUCAUCCUAACGCCCACUGCAACAACACCCUGGGCAGCUACAGUUGUGUCUGUCUUAAUGGAUAUAUUGGAGAUGGCACCAACUGCCAGGAUAUCGACGAGUGCCAAAAAGAAAACGGGGGCUGUCACACCAAUGCCCUGUGUAGUAAUUUUGAGGGCGGAAGACAAUGCCUGUGUGAAGUCGGCUUCAAGGGAAACGGUUUCCAGUGCACUGAUAUAAAUGAAUGCACUAACCAAAGGAUUUGCCACUGGAAUGCGACAUGCACCAACAAUCCUGGAUCUUACGCAUGCACUUGCAAUCACGGCUAUAAGGGCAAUGGAAACUACCUAUGUCUUGAUAUAGAUGAAUGUUCAGAGACUCCAUAUGUGUGUUCGUCCUCACUUGGAUACAAAGGCUGUAAAAAUCUGCCUGGCACUUAUCGCUGCACAUGCAGCAACGGCUUUGAAAGUGACGGGCAGAGCUGUGUGGACAUUGACGAAUGUGCGAGUAACAUCUGCAAUCUAUAUGCAGACUGUGUCAACAUCAUUGGUUCAUACCAAUGUACCUGUGACAGCGGUUUUGUCGGAAAUGGCCUGACAUGUGUUGACAUAAAUGAAUGCAAUGGAAAUAAUGGAUGUGACCCCAAUGCUAUUUGUAUUAACAGGCUGGGAGGUUAUGAGUGCUCUUGUCCAGAGGGUUUUGAAGGAGAUGGAAAACUGUGCAACGAUAUUAAUGAAUGUUCAACACUAGACACCUGCCCUGCCACCACUAUCUGUGUCAAUACUGGAGGGUCAUUUUAUUGUGACUGCGGUACAGGAUUUAUCUUUAAUAACUCAAAGUGCCAUGACCUUGAUGAAUGUGCUACAGAUCGUUGCAGCCCCUACUCUCUAUGCACCAAUUCACCAGGGUCCUUCACAUGUCAGUGUGCAGUAGGCUAUAGUGGAAAUGGCUUUACAUGUGUAGAUGUGGAUGAAUGUUCAAUUGCUAGUCAAUGUCACGCUAAUGCCCUUUGCAUGAAUCUGCCUGGUAACUACAACUGCACCUGUCAGGUGGGUUACUCUGGAGAUGGGGUGAUCCAGUGCAGUGAUGUGAACGAGUGUCUAGUAGAUAAUGGGGGGUGUAAAAAUAAGGCUACAUGUGUGAACAACCAAGGUUCUUUCACUUGCCUUUGCCAGACAGGUUUUGUCUUAGUUAACCACACCUUUUGCCAGGAUGUAAAUGAGUGUGUAACACUGAAAAAUCUGUGUGGUGUCAAUGAAGAAUGCAACAAUAUUGACGGUUCGUACGAGUGCUCAUGCCAGGUUGGUUAUUACCGCCCUGCCGCCAGCAUGGACUGUGUAGAUAUUGACGAGUGUAAAGAAAACCCUUGCCACAUAAACGCUACAUGCCUUAACACAAUUGGCUCCCACACCUGUACCUGUAAGCGGGGUUUUGCAGCAAAUGGCAUGCAGUGUGAAGACAUUGAUGAGUGUUCAAUGGUGGACACAUGCCACCCACGGGCAAUAUGCACCAACCAUAUUGGAGACUUCUUCUGCUCCUGCUAUCAAGGUUUCAUAGGUGACGGAUUUUCCUGUCAGGAUGUGGACGAGUGCAUCAUCUCGGAUACAAUUUGUCCAUAUUUCUCAAAGUGUGUCAACUUUCCUGGUGCACAUGUUUGCUCAUGUUUGAAUGGCACAGUCGCCUUAAAUGACACUUGUGUGCUACCCAGCCCACUAUGUGACCCUGCGUGCCACAUUCAUGGCCUGUGCCACGAUUCACCUGCUGGACACCAAUGUGUGUGUGACCUCGGUUACGUUGGUGAUGGGCUGGCAUGCUCUGAUAUCGAUGAGUGCCAGAGGGAAAACAUUUGUCCUGAAAAUGACACGGAAUGCAUAAAUAUCCCAGGAUCAUAUUCUUGUGUUUGCAAACGAGGCUACUAUCUCAGUGAAACUCAGUGUGUCGAUUUAAAUGAGUGUGAAACAGGAACAGAUGAGUGCAGUGACUUUGCCCAAUGUGACAACACAAUGGGCAGCUACUUUUGCUUCUGUCUCAGGGGCUUUACGGGCGAUGGAAAAAACUGCUCUGAGAGCAACAUAUACCCUUUUGGAGCAGAAGUUGGUGAUACAAGAAUAAACAUGGAUACAGAAGAUGGAAAUUCUCCAUACAUCAAACCACCAAUUGGUUUUCCAUUCAUGGGGAAAUUAUAUGACAGAAUUUAUUUCUCAGACAACGGCCUUGUCCAGUUUCAGUCUGUUGCUGUGAAUGAGCAUUACCUGUUUCCAGCGCCUUUAUCCACUGGUUUUCCCGAUAUGAAUGUCUCUCUUUUGGCAGUAUUCUGGGAUGAUGUUGACCUCACCCAAGGCAAUGGACAGUUGUUCUAUCAGGAAUACCAUAAGUCGGAUGUGUCAGACAUGUACGCCCACAUAGUGUUCAAUCGUACAACUGAAGAUGUGUCAAAAUUUGAGAGGCAAAGAGGCAAGCCUGCCUUCAACCCUUCCUGGAUACUCAAGAUUACUUGGUAUCUUGUAAUGGCUGUGUCGUACCAGAAAAUCAAUCAGUCAGAGACUAACACAUUCCAAUGCAUUCUUACUACGGAUGGAGCCCGCUCCUUUGCCCUCCUACAAUAUGGGGACAUGAAUUGGGGUCCCGGACAGAGAGAAAAUCUUGAGGCUCUCAUUGGCUAUACAGAUGGAAAAAACAUCCACAUAGAGACCACUAUGCCCCCAGAAAACCUGUUUGGUCCAGGCGGGCGAUACAGACCACAGCAAGUGAAAGGGCCUUUGGGAAAGUUAGGCCAAUUUGUGUAUGAUUUCAAUGAAAUCGACAAGUCUUAUGCGGACCCAGGACUGAUGUGCCAGUCAUGGGCAAUGAAGGAGCCUGAACCUGCUGAAUGGACUGAAGGCCUACCCUCGUGUCCUUGUGCUCGCACUCAGGCUCUGGAAGACUUGUCCUUCUUGCAGGAUACUGCUGACUAUGGAGAAAAGUUGACGACUUUGAGGGGUCAGAGAUGGGUUGGUACAGGGGGCCACAUCUUCAAGUCAAUUUUGUCCCACAAAGAAUCAGGAAAAAGAUGUGUAUAUGAUCCAGAGGGACCUCUGCUGGCAGGUUACAAUGAACGCUACUUCACAAGUCGAAGAAACCAAAAGCAUAUUGAUGAAGAUCUCUUACCUUUCCAAUGGUGUUGCAUUGAGUCUCCCCUCUGCCACCAUUAUCUCAGCAAGCGCCCCCUGGACCGUUGCAAUGGCUACAAUUGGGUUCGUCAAGAUGGCAGCAAGCCAGCCAACAGGGCAACAAAGGGAAUCGCAAUGGUGUAUGGCAGCCUCCACUUCAUCACCUUUGAUGGGACAGAAUACUCCUUCAAGGCCCUAGGAGAGUUUGUGAUUGUGCGGCUGUCUUCCAACACUGGAUCUAAUAUCUUCACUUUGCAAGGACAGACUGAGAGGUUACACACAAACACACAAGGGAACAUUGACUUACCAGUGGUGGUGCGCAUGGCUGCCUUCUACCAGGGCAUUGGCAAGGUUGAAUGGAGAUGUGCAGAGAAAGGAAAAGGACUGCGGGUGUUUGUUGAUGAAGCUGAAGUAUUCAUCACUAUUGGUGUAGUGCACAUAGGGGAGAGAGACUUUGCUGUACGCUGUAUCUCAGUGGAUCGUUGUGCAGCUGUGUACGCUGGUGGUCUGCAUGUGCUUGUGUGGCGUGUGGAAGGCCACAAACAGUUGGCAGCUAUGGUGGAAGUUCCCCAGACCUUUUACAACCGAACUGUGGGUCUAAUGGGCCUCUGGAGUUCUAACCGCUCAGAUGACUUCCUUAUGUCUGAUGGCAGGCUCAUGUCCUCGCAUGAUUUCAACCCACCAUCGGAAGAAAAGUUGCAUCAAUUUGGGCUGUCUUGGACAGUCCCACAACCAGAGAGCCUGCUGUUUUCUUCCUCUCCACUGGUUCCACUUGAACCAGUCUCUUCCAAAGAGUUGUAUGAAGGCUUCAGUCCUGAUGUGGUGGAGGAGCUAAGAAAAACCUGCCAAGGCAGCAUGCCGUGUGUCCAUGACACCCUCGCAUCCGGCAGCUCAGACCUGGGCCUUCAAACCUUGAAUGCUGAAAAACAGUACCAAAAUUUGGCCCUAAUCUAUGGCAACACACCUCCAAUAGUGACAGAACCUACAAUGAUCCAAGCGGAAGUGAACUCUACAGUUAAUCUCCGGAUCAUUGCCCUGGACCCAAAUGAAGAUCCUAUAACCUAUUCACUACUCUUCCCAAGACCUCCGCAGGCCUCCAUUGGCAGUGGUGAUGGUUACUUAUCCUGGAGACCCCUUGGCACUGAUCCUGUCCAGCUUACUAUUAAGGUCACAGACAGGCUCUCCAGCUCAUUGUUUACCCCCAUUCUGCGAAUCUGCAACUGCCUUAAUGGAGGGACUUGUCAGUAUGACAGCGUCAUGGAAAACCAUCUUCAGGGAAAGUUCCAGGUGUUGGGAUGCCUUUGCCUUAAAGGAUUCAGUGGGAAGUUUUGCGGAACGGUUGCAGACCCAUGCAUAGGCAAGCCAUGUUACCGAGGGGUGCAGUGCCAAUCUGAGUCACACCCUAAUGAUUUUACCUGUGGACAAUGCCCGGAUAAUACAGUGACAAACGGAAAGCAGGGGUACAAGUGCUUUGAGCAUGACAUGUGCAUGCCUCCCUUCCCUUUCCCGUGCCACAAAGAUGCGAUUUGCUCCAGCACAAAACAAAACUACACAUGCACAUGUAAGCCUGGCUUUUUCGGAGAUGGAAUCAAUUGUACAGAUAUCGACGAAUGCGCUGAGCUGUCAGCUUGUCCGAAUGCCAAGUUUGAGUGUAAGAACAAACCAGGCUCUGUUGACUGCUACUGCAGAUAUCAGGAGACAAGAGAGUCUGAUGGUUGUGGCGACGCUGGCAAUCCUCCAGGGGGUAAUGUGUUCAACGUUUCUGUGGACUGGAGGAGGAACAGAGCAGAUGGACUCGAGCAGCUGGUUGACAUCCUGUCCAUGGGCUUCCAGAACAAAUUCUACAAUGCCAGCAGGAAGGAUCCAGGACAGAGCUCCGGUGCACGCCUGGUUGAAUAUCGCAUCAACGUGUCCAGUGACACACCGCACUGGUACAUCAGGGACUACCUGGCCAGUGUCAGCAGCCACUAUGACAUCAGCUCCAUAGAAGUUGAUGAUUUGGAUGAGUGUAAGGCCAAGGAGGCGGUGUGUGUGCACCCUGCUCUCUGCACCAACACGUAUGGAGGCUACAGGUGUGUGUGCAAUGGCACAACUGAUGUGGAUGAAGCCCAGUCCUGUGUACUAAAUCGAGACACAUUGAGCAACACAGACCUGGACCUUAUUCUUGGCCUGGUUCUGGGUAUCGGCAUCCCUCUGCUGCUCCUUCUGGCUGCACUUGCUUGUUUCUGUUGCUCUAAGAAGACUGUUAGUGGAGAUCUGCCUCACCUGUUAACAGACAACCUACAGGAAGCACACAAUCCCCCACCCUUCAAUUACUCGGACCCUGCUCUGCAUUACAUAACCCACUGCAGCCCCCGGAUCAUAGACAACAUCACACCCCGGCAACGCCACACAUAACACACGCCGAAUCUAUACCUGCACAUGGAUGUAAAGUAGUUUGGUUUUUUUGGGACACAUACACAUGCGCACGGAAAUGCAUGUUUUAC